AUGUCUGGGAUACUGUUCGAAGAUAUUUUCAACGUUAAAGACAUGGAUCCCGAGGGGAAAAAGUUUGACCGAGUCAGUCGACUGCACUGUGAAUCAGAAUCAUUCAAAAUGGACCUUAUACUGGACAUCAACUCUUGGAUUUAUCCAUUUGAAUUGGGAGACAAAUUUCGGCUGGUUCUAGCGACCACACUGCACGAAGACGGCACGGCUGGUAGCAUGGAGUACAAUGCAGCGGAAAUAGAGGGAUCGCGUGCCGACAGUUUCGAAUAUGUAAUGUUCGGGAAAGUGUACAGGAUCGAGGGGGAUGACUCACAGACGGAAUCCUCCAACAGGUUGUCCGCCUACGUUUCGUUCGGAGGUCUAUUGAUGCGGUUACAAGGAGAUGCCAACAAUUUGCAUGGUUUCGAGAUCGAUCAGUACAUGUUUCUGCUGAUGAAGAAGCUCGCGUUUUAG